AUGAACUUCAAACAUUCUCAUAAAAAUACCUACCUUGAUAAUGAUAUUGAAACAGGCCCUGAUAUUGAUAUUAGCGAUGAUAAAAAUUUACUUAAUAUUCUUUAUAAUAGCUAUGAGUCAUAUAACAAUAAUAUAACAUCACAAAGGCAA